ACCUCGAGCUGGACGCGUUUAUAAAUGUGGAGUAUGUUCGGCUUCCAGUCGCUGGAUCAGCUUCGGAUCGUCUAACACAGACGUUUGUAAGGCGAUAGACGGCUUUCCUACAACGUCGACAUCAUGACUCCUCCAACAAGCGCGCUGCUCUGCGCCGUGCUGCUCCUCUGCGGGCUGGACCUGGUCCUCUCCCAGCACGGCCACUGCACCGGGAAUCGCUGCUUUGCACUGUUCCAGAAGCCCGCGGACUUUCCGGGCGCACAGAAGAGCUGCGAGGGCGCGGGUGGACAGUUGUUCGUGCUCAAUUUGACAGACAUAGAGACGAUAACGAGGAGUCUACCCAGCGGGCUCAGCGGCACUUACUGGCUGGAGCAGCACGGUGCCGGCAGGCCGACAGAAGGAGCUGCAGCAGGUCCUUUAACCUGCCCCUCCAUCUACGUGUCGAUGGGAUGGAACAGCACGCUGCUGUGGGAGCCGUGCCGGCAAAACCUGGACGGAUAUUUGUGCCAAUAUGCAUUCGAGGAGCCUUGCAAUAGGUUGCAGACAGGUGGAGGCGCACAGGUGAAGUACACCGCGAUUAUGGGCUUCGAGGUGAAGGACUCCGACGCGUUUCCACCAGGAACCAUCGCUGUGGCGGAAAAGGUUGGCGGUAAAUAUCCGGACUCGAAGCAUGUGUGUUUCUCGCACGAUUGGUUGGGAGCUCCGUGGAGCUGCGAGGUGCUGCAGGGCGGCUGUGAGCACAACUGCAACUCUACGACACACACCUGCACCUGUCCCGAGGGGCAGACUCUCCACCCCAACCAAAUCACCUGCGCCGCGGAUGCGUGCGCAAACUGCGCGCAGCAGUGCCCGGCGGGCCACAGGCCGGCGGCGGACGGGAGGAGCUGCGUGGACGUGAACGAGUGUGAGGAGGAGGACCCGUGCACAGGUGAGGGCGAGGAAUGCAAGAACACCAAGGGAGCGUUCCAGUGCGUCUGCAAAGAUGGCUUCGAUGAGGAGGAUGGAGCGUGCGUGAACGUGACGAUCUGUGAGAGGUGCGAGCACAUGCUGUGCGAUAAGAUCAACGGGGUUUAUGGGUGUUUCUGCCGGAAGGGCUUCAGGGUGUCGGCCAAAGAUCCCACCAAGUGUGAGAUGCACUGCACAGAGAAGGACUGCCCGGCCAGGUGCAUUCCCAACUCUGACCAGAAGAAGCCGGACAUGCUCCAGUGCUUCUGCCCUGACGGUUACAUCCUGGACGUGACGAACGGCACGGCCACCUGCAGCGACAUCAACGAAUGCGAGCUGGAGAAGCAGUGUGACCACAGGUGUGAAAAUCUGCUAGGCAGUUACAGAUGCCUGUGCGACGAGGGGUUCAGGCUGCACAAAGGGUACAAGUGUAUGCCCAUCGAGGAGGAGGAGGAGGAGGAGGACGGCUCAGGCUCGGGUCGUCCGUACCCCACGCCAGCCGGCGCUCGCCCGGGCGCGGUGCCCUCUUACAUCAAGACCGGCAGCAUCCUGGGCAUCACCGUGUUCAUGGCGUUGUGCGCGGGGAUGUUGUUCUUCGUCGUCCAGAACGCGGUGAAACGCUGCGGCAAGUUCGAGCUCUCCUCCCUCAAACACCCAAACAUGGAUAUUUUUUAUCUGCAGCAGGUGACCACAGAGACGUACAAGAGGUUAUCCUUCGACAAACCGUCUAAAAACGACUCACAAGCACUUCAGUCGCACUGAUGAGGCGGCGCGCUGCUUCUCCCGUCACGCUGCACCGCUUUCUGUCCUCAGAGACAUCGAAUACAGCCCACAAUAUGGGACUUUUUCAGUUAUCCAUAGGCAGUGGUAACGGGAAGCUGUUUAUCUUUUAAAGCUGCAGGCAAUCACAUCCUGUACAGUCCAACUGUGCAUCAUGGCAGUGAAUGCACAUGACAUGAAAAUGUAGGACUUUAAAGGAAAACAGCUUCAUGCGUUUUGAAUGUAUAAUAGAUUCCUAUGUGAACUGUUGUUUAUUUGCCUUACAGUCAUCAGCCUUGUGGCAGAAAUAGUCAAAACUGCUGUUAAAUAAGAAGCUGUGACUUGCAAAAGAGUCUAAUAGUAAUGGAACUAAAACAUAAGUAUGGCCACUUGGUCUGAUUUUAGUUCAUUCCCUUCAAAACGGCUACAAAUCCAGCAGUGUAAACCUAUUUUUUUUGGAUUCUGUCGUGACAGAGACAGUUUUAUGUAUGAUUUCACUUUGUUGCUGUCUAACCACACUGUAAUCACAGCGGGCUGCGCUGUCCUUAAGCUCUUUAAAGUAACAAACACAAAGUGCCUCUGCCUCUGCCCAACACUUUCAUUCACUGUGAGCAUUGUAACAUUCCACAUGCUGGUUGUAAUACACUGUAUUUGUGACCGAGCUAAGUUCAAACUGUGGUUUUCAUCGUUUGGUGAAGUGACUCUUUGAGCUUUUAGUACUGAUGUUGUGAAUGUUCAUCUUAAUCAAAUGCACAUUAUUUGCCAGUGUUUUGGUGUGUUACAAUAACUUUCUGUGAGUGUUAUCUGCUCAUGCAUCUUGGUUUAUGAUAUUCCAGACAGAUACACAGUAUAUCUAGUUUUAAAGUGGACCACUGUUUAUUUUGGAUGCAUCAGUUGCUAUAGGAACUGCUUCGGAUGCAUAAUAACUAAUGGCAGCAGGAAAUCAGGCAUUAUAGACCAAUUCCACAUGCACAGAUCUGACACGUAUAUUCCAAAAUGACAAGCCCACGUUCUCAAAUGUCCAAUGUUUAGUGACUGUAAGUUAAAGAUAUCAGUUUUUCUGGGUGCAUACUUUGGGCUUGAUUUAUUUAUUUAAGACAUUAUACUGCAAAUAGUAGCACACAACAGCUACACUUCGGUUGGUUUAUGUGCAUGGGAACAUUAGAAAUGUAGUGGAAUUACUUGUUGCCGUAUUCACUGAUAAUCCUGAGGUGCUGUGCUGGCUGAUCAUUGCCACCACUGACGUUUGCCAUGUGGUUGAAUGUUCUUAACUUUACUGUAUAGCCGACUGCUCUCGGUGCCACAGACGCUGUGCUGCAGGCUUUGAGAGAGCAACUCAACAUGAAUGUAAAUCUGUGCUGCUAUGGUCUCCAUAUGUAUGAAAACACAUUUGCACCUCAUUCCGAUGUGCCCCGUCAAUACCUGUCUGUAUAACAGGCUUAAUGCAAGCUUUCACUUGUGGCAGUGUUUGAGUUUUUGCUGGUGAAUAUGUCACUACUGAGUAAUAAAUUAAAAGACUGAAAGUUGA